AACCCACUAGGAUCUUGUGGCACAGUGUCAUAGCUCAAAGUGAGAUUUUAUUUUCGGUUUUCAUAGGAAAUACGUAGUCCGACUGUACAAUGACAGACUAUGCAAAUCCUCCUGGAGCAUCUGAUCAAUCACGCUGGUGGGAGAGGAGGGGAAGGCAGCCCAGGGCUGAGCCUGCUUCUGCUGGACCGAAUGCGUGUGUAACAUCCCGGCCUGGAUGACAUCACGGCAGCGCCAGGUCCUUGAAAGUCUUGAGGAUGAUUAGCUGGAGGAAUUGGCUGCUUCUGCCAAUCAUAAUCCGGCAGAGCUGCCUUUACAGUUCUGGAGACAGCAGAGAGAGGGAGGGAGGGAGAGCCGGACCCCAGCUAAGCAGCAGGACGGCGGCGCGGGAGCUGGAGAGCAGCAGCAGCUGGCAUUCCGGUGAUUAAAUAGUUCUCGCAGCCUUUUUGCUGUACCGGUCUGCUCCCUGGUGUAAUUCUCCUGUCCAAGAAGGAAGCUGCAUUUUAACGGUGUGCUGAACAGAGGUUUGAAUCAUUCCAGCUGGCUGCUUGUUUUGAAAAGGACAAUGUGUGUAUAAAUAAAGACUGCUGCAAGAGUUCAGAGACUAGGACUGGAGCUAAGAAGCGCUCUCGGAAUCCUGUUGGGGCAGAUUGCACGAACUGAAAGCUCCUUCUAAUUAACCUGGAGCCAAGUGAGCCUGAAUACUGGAUAUGUCGUUUUCUAACUCGGGAUAAAUUCAAGUUAGCAAAAGAAACAAAUAAAUUAACAUGCUUCUCUAGAUAAUGCUUAGAAGAUUCUGCAGCAAUUCUUGGUAUUGGACAUACUCAAAACCUCUUCAGCCUUUACCCUUCUGGCUCAUUGCCUUCCAGCCUUAACCCAUUUGUGACCCUUUCAAAUAUUUUACAUGAUUUGCAAUGGUUACAUGAACUUUUGGAAAGUGGUAUUUGCACCAUCUCAUACGUCAUUCAUGAUGGCGCUUUAGGAAAAGAAGUUGGGAAAGUCUUCCAAAGCAUCACCUUAAAAAAUGAAUCUUAUCGUGAAGCUUCGGAGAAGUUUCCGAACAUUGAUUGUUCUCUUAGCUACCUUCUGUCUGGUGAGCAUUGUCAUUUCUGCCUAUUUCCUCUACUCUGGCUACAAACAGGAGAUGACACUUAUUGAAACCACUGCAGAAGCAGAAUGUGCUGACAUCAAAGUUCUACCUUACCGGUCAAUGGAGCUGAAAACAGUUAAACCUCUUGAUACAUCUAAAACUGAUCCUACCAUCCUCCUCUUUGUGGAGAGCCAAUAUUCUCAACUUGGUCAAGAUAUCAUAGCUAUCUUGGAGUCUAGCAGAUUCCAGUACCACAUGGUCAUUGCCCCCGGCAAGGGGGACAUUCCUCCUCUUACAGAUAAUGGCAAAGGGAAGUACAUUUUAGUUAUUUAUGAAAAUAUUCUGAAGUAUGUUAGCAUGGACUCGUGGAACCGAGAGCUUUUAGAAAAAUACUGUGUGGAAUACAGUGUUAGUAUAAUCGGUUUUCAUAAAGCCAAUGAGAACACCUUACCAAGUACUCAAUUAAAAGGAUUUCCACUAAACCUCUUCAAUAAUCUAGCUCUAAAAGACUGUUUUGUCAAUCCUCAGUCUCCUUUACUGCAUAUUACCAAAGCCCCCAAGGUUGAGAAAGGGCCUCUUCCUGGGGCAGACUGGACUAUUUUUGAAUAUAACCAUUCAACCUACCAGCCUGUGCUUUUAACUGAACUACAGUCAGAAAAAUCCCUCUCAUUCUUGUCCAGUAAAAUACUUUAUGCAACAGUGAUUCAGGACCUGGGGCUUCACGAUGGAAUUCAGCGAGUUCUCUUUGGCAACAACUUGAACUUCUGGCUGCACAAGCUCAUCUUCGUAGACGCCAUCUCCUUCUUGUCAAGGAAGAGACUGACACUGUCCUUGGACAGGUACAUCCUCGUGGACAUUGAUGACAUAUUUGUGGGGAAGGAGGGAACGAGGAUGAAUGUCAGAGAUGUGAAGGCAUUACUAGAGACUCAAAAUUUACUGCGCACUCAGGUUGCAAAUUUUACCUUCAACCUUGGAUUUUCAGGGAAGUUUUACCACACAGGGACUGAAGAGGAAGAUGAGGGGGAUGACCUUUUGCUCCGGUCCGUGGAUGAGUUCUGGUGGUUCCCUCACAUGUGGAGCCACAUGCAGCCCCAUCUCUUCCACAACGAGUCGUCUUUGGUGGAGCAGAUGAUUCUCAACAAGGAAUUUGCACUGGAACAUGGAAUACCUGUCAACAUGGGCUAUGCUGUGGCCCCACAUCACUCAGGGGUCUACCCCGUUCACAUUCAGCUGUAUGCGGCUUGGAAGAAGGUGUGGGGUAUCCAGGUCACCAGCACUGAAGAAUAUCCGCACUUGAAACCUGCACGGUACAGAAAGGGCUUCGUCCACAACAGCAUCAUGGUUCUCCCUCGGCAGACCUGCGGGUUGUUUACACACACCAUUUUCUACAAAGAGUACCCAGGAGGACCCCAGGAAUUGGAUAAAAGUAUCAAAGGAGGAGAACUUUUCCUUACAAUCCUUCUAAACCCAAUCAGCAUUUUCAUGACUCAUUUGUCUAACUAUGGGAAUGACCGCCUAGGGUCAUACACCUUUGUGAACUUGGCCGACUUUGUGCACAGCUGGACCAACCUGCGUCUUCAAACUCUGCCUCCAGUGCAGCUGGCCCACAAGUACUUUGAGCUCUUUCCUGAGCAAAGAGACCCUCUCUGGCAGAAUCCAUGUGAUGAUAAACGGCACAAAGACAUCUGGUCCAGGGAGAAAACCUGCGAUCACUUACCAAAAUUCCUUGUAAUUGGGCCACAAAAAACGGGAACAACUGCACUUUAUUUAUUUCUUCUUAUGCACCCUUCCAUCAUCAGCAAUUUUCCCAGCCCCAAAACAUUUGAAGAAGUUCAAUUCUUUAACGGCAACAACUAUCACAAAGGAAUUGACUGGUAUAUGGAUUUUUUCCCCACUCCAUCUAACAUUACAAAUGACUUUCUGUUCGAGAAGAGUGCUAAUUACUUCCAUUCAGAAGAUGCCCCCAAGCGAGCUGCAUCUCUUGUCCCCAAAGCCAAGAUCAUCACCAUCCUCAUCGACCCCUCAGACAGAGCAUAUUCAUGGUACCAGCACCAGAGAUCCCAUGAAGACCCAGCUGCCUUGAGGUUUAAUUUUUACGAAGUUAUUACAACGGGACAUUGGGCCCCAUCUGACUUAAAAGCCUUGCAGAGGAGAUGCCUUGUCCCAGGAUGGUAUGCAGUCCACAUUGAAAGAUGGUUGACCUACUUUGCUACUUCUCAGUUGCUAAUUAUUGAUGGACAGCAGCUGAGAUCUGACCCAGCUACUGUGAUGGAUGAAGUCCAGAAGUUUCUGGGAGUUACACCUCAUUAUAAUUACUCCGAAGCACUAACAUUUGAUCCCCAAAAGGGCUUUUGGUGUCAGUUACUGGAAGGAGGAAAGACAAAAUGCCUCGGAAGAAGCAAAGGCCGAAAAUACCCACCCAUGGAUCCGGAGUCCAGAAGUUUCCUCUCUAACUACUACCGAGACCACAAUGUGGAGCUGUCCAAACUGCUGCACAGGCUGGGGCAGCCCCUGCCGUCCUGGCUGAGACAGGAGCUGCAAAAAGUGAGGUAGCAGAGACCAAAUCCUGCCUCUGGAGACGCUCGCUUUACCCUUGAGUGAGAAAAAGCAAGCCCACAACUUCACCCCUUAAUGCACUUGUGAUUGUCCACAGAGGACUGUCAGAAUAAACUUCCUUCAAUCUUUUUCAUAAAAUGAAAGCUGUUAUAUAUGCACGCACUGGCAAUUAUUAGCAUCAAUCCUUAUGUAAGCUUUUCAGAAAAAAUAAACUGUGGGGUUUUGUGGCAUUAUCCAGUUUCUAGUGUGGGGAUUAUCGUACAGCUCAACUCCUCUGUUAACCAGAAGGUUUUAGAAAAUCAGUGUAUGACUAAUAAUGCUGAUGAUAUGCAAAUGACCAAUUAAAAUUUUGAGAAAAAGAUAAGGACUGAAGUGUAUGCAAAUGAGGUUAGUAGUAACUUAAUAUCUGAAUUAAGGGCUAACAUGUUCCCCUGGAUAAUUUAAAAACAAUGUUGCUUUUUUAAGGAGAGAAAUCAUAUAAUUUCAUAUUGUUAGUUUUGAAUAAUUAUUUAUUUUAUUUAGCCCACAUAUAUUUUCCUAUUGUUACACCCCCAUACCAAUGUUUUCGACUUGUUAAGAAGUUGCAGAGUUGUAGCCUAUAUGGUCUUUAUCUGUUUUCCUCUUGUAUAAGAGGAAAUAUUAUUGAUUCAUAUUUACUACUUCAUUAACAUUACUGUUUCAUCUGACUGGGUUAGAAUUCUCAAUGAAUCUGGCAUUGUGAUUCCAAUAAAAUCUGUUAAAGAGUUUUGGGGGACAGGAGAGGUCAAAUCAGCAUAAUAUCACCGUCAUGUAUAAAAUGGCCUUUAAAUAGGUCCAGGAUCUUACUAUACUGUUAAUCUAGAUAUUCCACCUCCACCAAUAUAAUAUUGGUAUACUUUUUCACUAUCCAAGCUAGAAAUGAAAAACUGUAUUGAUACGAUAUCGAAUGAAGACACCAAGAUAUGUUUGCUGGUCUACUGAUGCAUUGCCUUUAGUGUAGUAGAGGUCAACCUUUUCAAAGCAUGGACUUUUUUACUUAUGUACUAAUAUAUCUAUAACUAUAGAUGAUUAUGUUUUUAAUGACAGUUUUGAAAGAGACAUAUAAUCUAAAUCUUACCUCUUUAAACAUCACUGCAAUUCCUUACUCAUGUCACCCAAAAAUUAAUUUCUAGAGAAGUGACAUUCUUUCGGCUUAGAGUUAUAGGUUCCUGUCCCAUUUGGAGAUUGUUGUCAUGUUAAUUGGGUCUCUAUCUCAUUUGUCAAUGAUGAUAUAUUAAGGCUUUAUUAAGCUUUUCAGCAAUACAUGAAGGCCCAAUUUCAAUGGAACAGUCAAUCAAACGGACUGUGGCAACAUUAGCUAACAAUUCAUCUUUCCUCCAGAGUAAUUUUCUAUAGGCUGCAAAUAAAAUGAUUUUUCCAGUAAUUUGAGAAAUUAUGUUUGCAAUAAUUCACCAUCAAGUUUAAGGCUUUUGUUUCUCUUUCUUUCAUUUUUGUUGCUUUAGGCAAGCAAAUCACAUGUGAAUAUUUUAAAGGAGAAUCAAGGUUUUUACAUUUUAAAUUUGAAAAUCCAUCGUUGAAUUUGCACUACAUUAUAAUGUUUAUUUUUCUAAAAUUAUUUUCUCAGUAAAUCCAGAAGCUGUUGUAUUUUUGAGGAUAUAAUAUUUUUAUUGGGACUCAAUAUAAUUCACAGUUACAGUCAUUCUUUGUUACAGUGAUUCUUCUUUAACUUGGGGAUGAAAUUGUCAGGGUUGUGACUUAGGUCUGCGUUUGAUGCCAGCGUUUCGGGGACCAUAAUAAAUAUGAUGGAAAUUUUAUUUUUAGGGUUCUAACCUUCAGCUCACUUGUUUAUUGGCUUCCUCUAGUUUUUAUUUUUUUUUUUGUUUCUUUAAAUGAAGAUUAACAUUUUUGUCCAAGUGAGAGAAUAUAAAUAUAUAGAGAAUGUAGAGGAGGUACUAUUCAGAUCUGCUAAAGCUAACAUGUCAAGCUUCUUCAACAUAUCAUCAUAUUCUUAAAAAUAUAACUCAUUUUCUGCAUGUUCUCAUUUUCUUUCUAGAGUGUCACUGAUCAAUCUAUAAACAUCUGACAGUAAACUUUCACUAAACUGCUCUCCUCUCCCCUAGUUACUUCAAUCAUCAUAUCUAUUUUUCUUAUUAGAGUUUAAUAAUGGAGACAAAACUAUUUUAACUACAUAACUUAAAUUCACCAUACAAAAAAACAAUUUGAAGAGUCCUUGGACUAUGAGACUCUGCACUAUAGUAAGUCAGAAAACUGAGUUUUAAAAGUGUCUUGCGCCCGUUGCAGCAGCACGCACCUGGAGUGCAGUGACUCAGGAGACUAAGGCAGGAGGAUCUCGUGAGUUCAUGAGUUGAGACCAGGCCAGCCUGGUAACAAAGAAAACCUUGUUUGGGAAAAAACUAAAAACAAACAAACAAACAACAAUAACAAAAACUAACCUUGGUGGUACACGCCUGUAAUCCCAGCUACUCUGGAAAUGAAUUGCAACAUUUCAAAUCUGUAAAUGGCUUGGGCCAUUUUGCAAGAUCUUAUCUAGCUAUUAUUUAUUUAUUAAAUAUAUAUAGAUUUAUUUUAAAAAUAAACAAAUAAAUAAAAGGGACAUAGCUAAAUGACAGGGACAUAGCUAAAUGACUGAGGCCAUCCCCAGUAUUUACAAAACAAAACAGAGGAAGGAGGAAGAGGGUCUGGGAAGAAGGAGAAAAGGAAGAAGAAUAUUUAACCCAUUUUAGAAUAGUUGACUCAAAUUAAUAUGCAUAAUUAAUCAAAUUUUUAAAUUAAUUCUCUCCUAUGGUCUAAAAAGAUGUAACUUUAAAAUUUUGCAAUACUUCUCAGGUCCUUUAAAGGAAUACUUUUUGUCUUCUGUCCUUAUUUUCUUUGCCUUCAUUUCUCAACUCAAAAAUAAUUAUUAAUUACUCCACUUUGAUAAAGGCUAGAACAGUAUUUGAGUAUGUCUUCGUCAAAAUAUCAUAUAUACUUAUCAAAAUGAGUUCCUGAAAUUUAUGCAUGAAAUUUCAUCCAAAUUAAAAUCAUAAUUAAAAUUUCAUUGCAUUCACAUUGAUCCAAAGAGAAUGAAAUAUACAAAAAGGAAAAGUACUAGUUAGGAAACUUUAAAUUUUUAUAUUACUGUAAUUUUUCUAAAAAAUACAGCUUUUAGUCUAAUAAAAUAAUUUUAUUUGAAUUUUAGUAAACCCAUCUUGCAUACCUUUUUCUCUGUCUCACUGUUUUAUGUAAAGGAACAUAUUUAUUAUGACAAUUGAUUUAUUUUUAGUUGCAACAUAAAAUAUUUAUAUUAGAAUAAUAUCUUAAAACAACUAUUUUUAUUGGCUGUGUAACAUUAAGCAUUUACGUGAUGGAGGUACCUCAAAAACAAUUUUUUCUAAUGAUUUCAAGGCCUUGUUAAUAGGAUUUUAUUCUCAGAUGUAAGAACACAACACAGUCAUAAAUAUAUACAUAUUUUAAAUAUAUAUGUAUGCAUAUAUGUGUAUACAUAUACAUUGUGUCUGAAAUUUUUCUACUAGUUUUUGACCACUCUAAUCAUAUUUUCAGGAUCAACCAGUGAAUUGGUAGGAAAUGGCAGGUAUAGUAUACUUAUAUUGUAUACUAAAACUUAAAUUGUUAAAAUAACUGAUGUAGUUUAUGCAUAACAUAUCCUUGGUCCUUACUUCAGAAUAAAUGCUACUGCUGUUAUGGACACUAGGACGUUUCUCUCCAAAAUUCAAGGAUUUAAUUACAGGUUGCUUACUUUUCCUUUCCUUUUGUUUGUCCGCUGGGUACACAGUCACUGGAUUGUAAACAUAAACAAGUACACCCAAGUUUGAAUGUGGGCUUUCAAAAUCAAGUCCUCAUCUCAGUUCUCCCACGCAUUAGCUGUGUGGCCUUGGGCAAUUUGUGGAACUCUCUAAGCUACAGUGUUUUUUUCUAUAAAAUAGAAAUAAUAAUUAUUCCUGGAUUUUUGUAGGAUUUAAAUGAAAAUAUAUUUAAAUGACGCAGUAUAAUCCCAGAUGUCAUUGUGCUGAAACAUAAAAACAAUAUAUAUCUAACAAAUAAUCCCUUUCAUUAAACAGAAAUGUUGUUUCCACUUCCUUUAAUACUAAAACCAUAUAUAUACAUAUAUAGACAUACAUAUACGUAUGUAUACAUAUAUUCCAAAAGUUAAUUCAAAACAUUCCCUAUUCUCUUCCUGAUGACAAAUUUCCCUCAAGAUGGUUCCAUCCCACUCCUUCCUAUGUGGUCUCUAUCCCGUUUCUCUAUUUCUUUGUUAUGCAUUCAGAACUCUUCCCUUUCCACCUGCUAUUUGUACCUAUCUCCUCAAUUCCUUUGCAACCCAACAGAUACUCUAUCAAGAAUACAGUAUUUAACAGACAUGUGAAAAUAUGGAGGCAAAAUUUAAUGGAAGCUUACAUAUCGAGUGGAGAUACCAAUGAUAACAUCUUGAUACUUAAAAACUCUAAGAAAAUUUCUUCAAAUUCUUUAUAAGAUUUUAUAUUUACUUUUACUUCUUGUAAUAAAAUCUUUCUACAAAUGAAAAUGUUUUACUGUAUUUAAAUAUACAUUCCCUGUUAGCUAAUAUCAAACAUGGUCAUCUUCUAUAUUUUCCCUUGACAAAUAUACAUUGUUUUAGGUCUGAAAUUAAAUUUUUAUAUAAUCAAUUGAUUUCCAUUUCAAAAAUUUUACUUUUUUCUUAAUUUUUAAACUCUUAUAUAUUACAAAAUCCCGCCACAUAGCAGGUAUUCAACGAAAGUUCACUGAGUCAUGUUGAAAGUGUGUAAAGCAGUCCGAUUUAAUCAUUUGCCUAACCUUAUUAUAGUGUUAACCUUAUCCUUUUACUUUAUAUCCAUAUUCUAAAAUUUUUAUUAAUGACUUUAGAUGUCAGAAUCAAUGUUCCAAAUCUGUGCCUCCCAUCCCACACUUACCCAUAUAAAUUCUAACAGAUACUUCUUACCUGCUCUCCUCUUUCUAAAUACCUAACACCUCAGCUGAACAAAUGCAAAAAUAAAGCUACAGCUUCUGCUUCUCCUGAAUCCUCUUUUCUUCUUAAUGCCCACACCUACCUGGACCAGCUUUUAUUUUUUAUCUCUCUUCCACAUGCCCAAAGUAUACUUUUCCUAACUACAUUUCAGUAAACCAAAUGGCCCAAUAGAAAUAAAAUGUGAAUCACAAAUGCAAGCCUUACUUGUAAUUUAAGCUUUGUAGUAACUACUUUAGAAGAUUACAGAAAAAUUAAUUGUAAUAUUGUAUGUAAUAUAUCCAAAAUAUUACAUCAAUAAUCAAAACUAAUAAAAUUAUUAUUGAAGAAUUUA